AUGACCGACACGAAAAUCAUCAAACGCCCUUAUCAGUUCGCACCGGGGCCGGGGGCUCCGGGGGUUCCGGGGGUUCCAGGGGCUCCGGGGGUUCCAGGGAUUCCGGGGGCUCCAGGGGCUCCGGGGUUCCUGGGGUUUCAGGGGCUCCAGGGGCUCAGAGGAUUCCAGGGGUUCCGGAUUCCAGGGGUUCCGGGGGCAUCAAUGACUCUGGGGGUUCCCAAGGUUCCAGGGGCUCCAGGGGCUCUGAGGAUUCCAGGGAUUUCGGGGGCUCCAGGGGUUCCGGGCUCUGGGGACUCCAAAGGCUCCAGGGGCUCCAAGAACUCUGGAGGAUCCGAAGAUUCCAGAGCUGGAAAAGGUUUCUGGGCCGAGCUGCUCGGGGUCGGAGAUUUCUACUACGAGCUGGGGGUGCAGAUCAUCGAGGUGUGCCUGGCGCUGCGGCACCGCAACGGAGGGCUGAUCACGCUGGAGGAGCUGCAGCAGCAGGUGCUGAAGGGCCGCGGGAAGUUCGCGCAGGACGUCAGCGCGGACGAUCUGCUCCGAGCCAUCCGGAAGCUGAAGGUGCUGGGCAGCGGCUUCGGGAUCAUCCCGGUGGGAGGAACGGUCCUGGUGCAGUCGGUGCCCGCCGAGCUCAGCAUGGACCACACGGUGCUGCUGCAGCUGGCCGAGAAAAAGGGAUUUGUGACAGUCAGCGAGAUCCGGGACAGCCUCAACUGGGAGACGGAGCGAGCCAAGCAGGCGCUGGAGCACCUGCUGAAGGAGGGCAUGGCCUGGCUGGACGCGCAGGCUCCGGCCGAGCCGCAGUUCUGGCUGCCCGCGCUCUUCUCCGAGCUCCACGCCCAGGACGGCGCGGCCGGGCCCUGA